UCUAAGUGCCAUUACAAAUACUCUUUAUAUUAACUCAUUGAGUCUUUGCACCAAACUGGUGAGUUUUGUUUCUAGUUCCUGUUCAGUUUGAUGAGGAGGUUGAGCUCCUGAAUUUAAGGAGUAGGGCAGGGCUCUGAACCCACACCGUGGCACCAUUUCAUACCAUCCAUUUUACACUCAACCAUAUCUACCUCUUAACUGUUAAUGAGCAAGACUACAUAGAACGAUUGGACCAUUUUAAACGUUUCCAUUUUUUUUUUUAAGAUUUUAUUUGACAGAGACUGCCAGCAGGGAACACAAGCAGGGGGAAUGUGAGAGGGAGAAGCAGGCCUCCCGCCGAGCAGGGAGCCCGAUGCAGGGCUCGAUCCCAGAACUCUGGGAUCAUGACCCAAGCUAAAGGCAGACAUUUAACGACUGAGCCACCCAGGUGCCCCUAAACUUUUUUUAAUACUAGUCCGUAUUAGAAGCUAUUCCUUCUAUAAUAUAGGCAGAGAGAUGGUAAAUAGCACUGUUGGUGGUCUUUGAAUUCUUAGAGGGAAAGAGAUGGCCCCAAGGAGGGUGCAGAGAUGAUAGACCAACAAGGUCUAGGGCCCCUGAGGCUUAGCCCAUCUCUUGGGGUCCAUGAGGCUGCCCCUGAAGUUCAGUAGGUGGUCUGGAGCUCAUAUCCCUUGUUGCAGGAGAGAGGCAAGAAGCCCUCAACAGCCUGGCCUGUGGUGGGAACGUCUAGGCUCUGCCUGCGCUGAAGGGAAACAACAGGACCCUGGUUACAGUUGGGCAAUGGGUGAGGUGUCAGGUAACUGCCUGGUUCUGGGCUUGAGUUGAGUGCUUGAAUGGAAACUAAAGAGCAGGUUUGGAGGCAGGUAAUGGUCAGUUCAGGAUGGGAGGACCACCACCCAGUAACUGGGAGAUACUCUCAGCCUUGCCUCCAUCCAGUCCCCCAAAGCACCAUCUUCAUCUUUGGCCAACUAAUCCUUCAAUUCCUUGUUCGGUGGAUGGGCCUUCAUGCUUCCCACCUGUGGCCUGUGGCCCAGUUCCACCCCUCUGGGUAGCCUCCAAUUGAAUUGGUGCAUCCAGGGAAGUUUAUGGAGAGAAUUCUGUAUUCAAUGUAGGGAGGCCUUGAAGGGUGACCGUUUCCUUAAAUACUUCUGGGGUCAGACUGGGGAUAGUGGGGUGAACACAGUGGUUGGGGUAGGAGCAGCAGAGAGGUGGGACACCCAGGAGCUACUACUCUACGUUCAUUCCAGAAAUCCAGUUCUCCCUCAGGAAUGAAUGAGGUCCCAAGUUGGCCCCCUAGCCCUCCUUCCACGGCCAAAUGUGGUUUUUAGAAUUUUCAUUUUUUUAAUUACUUGUUGGUGACCUUUUGAGUAUCUUUUCCAAUCUUGAGUAAGGGUUCCUAUGAGAGUGGCCACACCAGAACAAAACUCAUUUGGUAAACAAAAAAAAUGAAACCAAAAAAAUACAAAUAUCUACAAGUACAUGAAAAAUUUUGCUCAAUGUAAUCAACAGAAACUCUUAAGGGCAUGAAAGGGGGCAUGUCGGAGCCAUUUUGUGGCCGUACGACGUCACCGCUAACGGGCAUGGCGUCACUCAGGAAGCCACGCGAUGUGUACAUGUGUUGAAGGAGACGCUGCCUCCGGGAGACUAGUUUAGUCUGCGCAUGCCUGGUCAAAGGCCUCCCUCUUGCGCAUGCCCACCAAGGCUAAGGUGGCGCGCGCAGGUCACGUGCCUGGUGGUCGGCGCGCGCACCGCCUGCCCCGGAAGCGGUCGCCUCGCGGCGCGGCUGGGCGCUAAGAUGGCGGCGGCGUGAGUUGCAUGUUGUGUGAGGAUCCCGGGGCCGCCGCGUCGCUCCGGCCCCGCCAUGGCCGUCACCAUCACGCUCAAAACGCUGCAGCAGCAGACCUUCAAAAUCCGCAUGGAGCCUGACGAGACGGUGAAGGUGCUGAAGGAAAAGAUAGAAGCUGAGAAGGGUCGUGAUGCCUUCCCCGUGGCUGGACAGAAACUUAUUUAUGCUGGCAAGAUCCUGAGUGAUGACGUGCCCAUCAGGGACUAUCGCAUUGAUGAGAAGAACUUUGUGGUCGUUAUGGUGACCAAGGCCAAAACUAGCCCAGGCACCUCAGUACCCCCAGAAGCCUCACCCACUGCUGCCCCGGAGUCCUCCACAUCCUUUCCUCCGGCCCCUGCCUCAGGCAUGUCGCAUCCCCCACCUACUGCCAGAGAGGACAAGAGCCCAUCGGAGGAAUCAGUCCCCACGACAUCCCCGGAGUCCGUGUCAGGCUCUGUUCCCUCUUCAGGUAGCAGCGGGCGAGAGGAAGACGCGGCAUCCACGCUAGUGACUGGUUCUGAGUAUGAGACGAUGCUGACAGAGAUUAUGUCCAUGGGAUAUGAGCGGGAGCGGGUCGUGGCCGCCCUGAGAGCCAGCUACAACAACCCCCACCGAGCCGUGGAGUAUCUACUCACGGGAAUUCCUGGGAGCCCCGAGCCAGAACAUAGUUCUGUCCAGGAGAGCCAGGUGUCGGAGCAGCCAGCCACAGAAGGAGCAGGAGAGAACCCCCUGGAGUUCCUGCGGGACCAGCCCCAGUUCCAGAACAUGCGGCAGGUGAUUCAGCAGAACCCGGCACUAUUGCCUGCCCUGCUCCAACAGCUGGGCCAAGAGAAUCCUCAGCUUUUGCAGCAAAUUAGUCGGCACCAGGAGCAGUUCAUCCAGAUGCUCAAUGAGCCCCCCGGGGAGCUGGCAGACAUCUCUGAUGUGGAGGGUGAGGUGGGCGCCAUAGGUGAGGAGGCUCCGCAGAUGAACUACAUCCAGGUGACACCACAGGAGAAAGAAGCUAUAGAGAGGUUGAAAGCCCUGGGCUUCCCAGAGAGUUUGGUGAUCCAGGCCUACUUCGCUUGUGAAAAAAACGAGAACUUGGCUGCCAACUUCCUUCUGAGUCAGAACUUUGAUGACGAGUGAUGCAGGGAGGCCAGGCCGCCCCCCAACCUCCCCACCCCCCAACUCCACAAAAGUUUUAUAAAAGAAAAAAAUAUAUAUAUAUUCAUGUUUAUUUAAGAAGUGGAAAAAAAUCAAAAACCUUAAAAAAAAAAACCACCCCGAUUUCCCACCCUCCUCAAGUGGCCCCCAUUCCCAUCUUGGCCUGAGAAGACCUAGGCCAGACAGCUGUCCCCCAUCCCCCGCCCCAGCCCUGCCUGCUCUAAGAAACUGGCAGGACUGGAGGCGACAGAUGGGCCCCUCUUGGCCUCUGUCCCAGCUCCCUGCAGCCAGAUGGAGAGGCGGCUGCUUGCUUCCCCCUCCCCCGAAGAGCCCCUGAGACCUCCCCCCGCCUUCUUCCAGGGUGAGGGGAAGCUGGAGCCCCAAACCUUGAUCCUCCAUUGGAGUGCCCCAACCUUUCCAUCUGGGGUAAGCACUCAGAGGCUCAAGGACCGCCCCCCUCCCCAGUCUGGCCUGCAUCCCUUCGCCGGAGAGGAGGCCUGGUUUCUCCUGCCUGGGGAGGGGGUAACACCAGAGCUGCUCUGGAGGUCAAGGCCACCCCCCCACCCCACCCCACCCCCCGCCCCAAGGACAGAACCGUGUCUCUGAUAAAGGUUUUGAAGUGAAUAAAGUUUUAAAAGCCA